GGGUGUUCCAGCAGAUGGUAAAAUUCGAGUGUCACUUCAUCAACGGUACGGAGCGGGUGAGAUACGUGCAGAGGGUCAUCUACAACCGGGAGCAGCUCCUGCACUUCGACAGCGAUGUGGGGGUCUAUGUGGGGGACACCCCGUAUGGGGAGAAGGUUGCCCAGUGUUGGAACAACGACCCGGAAGAGCUAGAGCUACGACGGGCUCGGGUGGACACGUUCUGCAGGCAAAACUACGAGGGGUCCACCCCGUUCCUGGUGAACCGCAGAGUUCCUCCCAGUCCAUCCUAUUCUCUCUCAGUGCCCCCCAAUCCAUCCCAGUCCAUCCCAGUCUCUCCCAGUGUCCCCCCGCGUCUCCACGCGUCGAUGCCACCGAGCUCCCGCCCCUCAGCCAAUCCCAGCGCGUGUCUCUGA